AUGCAACACCUGAAGAGAGAGAGAGAGAUAAAUUCAAAGGCAUUAACCGUCGAAGAACUUGCCAAUGCGAACACAAUCUUAAUCCGUUUUGCCCAACAAGAUGCGUUCAAGGAAGAACUCAGAGAACUGCUUCGAGGAAAGCCACUCCCAAAACAUUCAUUCACUCGGCGUCUGCACCCGUUCAACGACCCAAUGGGAAUCAUGCGAGCAGGUGGUCGGCUUAAUCUAUCUCAGCUGCCUUACCAAUCGAAACACCCUGUCCUCCUCCCUAAGAACCAUCCGUUGUCCCAGCUCAUCGGCGAGCAUUUCCACCGCCAAUUGCUUCACGGCGGCGGGCGUCUUCUGCUGUCCACGAUCCGUGAGGAAUAUUGGCCACUUAAUGGCAGGAACCUCGUCAAAAGCAUCGUCCGGCACUGCUUCCGCUGUACACGUCAUCGGCCGGUCCUAGCACGGCAACAAAUCGGUCAAUUACCAUCCUCGAGGGUUACCCAAAGUCGUCCAUUCUCAAUAACAGGUGUGGAUUACGCAGGACCAAUUUAUCUGAAGCCCAUACACAAGCGUGCUGCCCCUGCCAAAGCUUACUUGUGCGUUUUUGUCUGCUUCGCCACCAAGGCCGUGCACUUGGAAUUCGUGGGGGAUCUCUCAACUCCAGGGUUUUUGGCCGCCCUACGCAGGUUUAUUUCUAGAAGGGGAGUCCCAAACCACAUCCAUUCGGACAAUGGAAAGAAUUUCGAGGGCGCAAAGGGGGAGCUCGCAGAACUGUUCGCCCGAUUCCGCAGCGAAAGGGAUCAAGUAGAAAUUACCUCCGCCUGCGCACCGCAUUUUGGUGGCCUUUGGGAAGCCGCGGUCAAAAGUGCCAAAAAACAUUUAUUCAGACAACUCGGUAGUACUCGUCUCACAUUCGAGGGCUAUUACACGGUGCUAACACAAAUAGAAGCCAUGAUGAAUUCUCGUCCUCUGCUGCCCAUCUCCGACGACCCGAACGAUCUGGCUGCGCUGACACCAGCGCACUUCCUCAUCGGAACAUCGUCCACCGCCUUGCCCGACCCAGAUUAUCAGCAUCUCCCGACUGGCUUGCUCGGAACGUAUCAAAACUGGCAGCAGCUCGUCCAAAAAUUCUGGGUCCAUUGGAAGAGAGAAUAUCUGCAGGAGCUGAUGCGCGAUACAAAAUAUGCAGCUUGCAACAAUCAAAUUCAUCCUGGUCGCCUGGUCAUCGUUGCGGAUGACUCACUACCAGCAAUCCAUUGGCCACUUGCCCGCAUCGUCGCCGUACAUCCUGGAAGAGACGAUUUAUGUCGCGUCGUUAGUCUUCGAACAGCGAAGGGAAUAAUAAAACGUACCAUCAACAAAAUAUGCCUCUUGCCGCUUGCUGAUCAUCCCGAAGAAGUUCAACGAAGCGAAACAACAUCAUGCCUGGUACCGCAAUCCGCGGCAGUUUUCGAUGAAUUCCAACGAUGUAGCACCAGAAAUCCAACCAACAAUCCACAUGCCAGCGAUUUGUGA